UGUAGUUGAGGGGAGUGGGGCCCCUCACCCUCACCCUCACCCGACCUCUCGCUACACGCUAGUCGCAUUUCUCUCCCCAUCCCUCUCUCUUAAAACCGCAGACCCCCCUCUCCACUCUUUAGCCUUGGGUCUUCAGCAAUCAGCACCUUACGCCCACGGCCACGACACUAUGGCCAGACCAUCAACACCCCCUCUCCUCUUCCUCUCCCUUUCUCUCUUCAUCUUCUUUUUCACCUUCACUCUUGCUGCUGCCUCCCAGCAAUUCAGAGAAGCCCCGGAAUUCUACAAUUCUCCGGAAUGCCCUUCCAUCUUCAACGACGACGACGACGACGUUCAUGUCCACGACAGCAAUACCACUGUGUGCUCCGAUCACAUCGUCCACGUCGCAAUGACUCUCGAUGCCGCCUAUCUCCGAGGCUCUGUGGCUGCAAUCCUAUCCGUCCUUCAACAUUCUUCUUGCCCCCAAAAUAUUGACUUCCACUUCGUCACUUCUGCCUCUGCCGACACUGAUUACCUUCGCCGCACCAUCGCCAAUUCCUUCCCUUAUCUCCGAUUCCACCUCUAUCGCAUCGAUGACGCAGCCGUAUCGGGCCUCAUCUCCACCUCCAUACGUGCCGCCCUCGACUGCCCUCUCAACUACGCACGCAAUUACCUGGCUAAUCUCCUUCCCUUGUGCGUACGCCGAGUCGUCUACCUCGACUCGGACCUUAUCCUCGUCGACGACAUCGCUAAGCUCGCUGCAACUCCACUCGGGAACGACGCCGUCCUGGCCGCCCCCGAGUACUGCAAUGCCAACUUCACAUCUUACUUCACGCUCACCUUUUGGUCGAACCCAGCUCUGUCGUUGACGUUCGCAGGUCGAAAAGCGUGCUACUUUAACACUGGCGUUAUGGUGAUCGAUCUGGAGCGAUGGCGGGAAGGAGAUUAUACGACCAAGAUUGAAGAAUGGAUGGAGCUUCAGAAGAGAAUGAGGAUUUACGAACUGGGGUCAUUGCCGCCGUUUUUGCUCGUCUUCGCGGGCAAUAUUGCUCCAGUAGAUCACCGCUGGAAUCAACACGGCCUGGGCGGUGAUAAUUUCCGGGGACUUUGCAGGGAUCUGCACCCGGGUCCCGUAAGUCUUUUGCAUUGGAGCGGGAAGGGCAAACCAUGGGCUCGACUCGACGCCAACCGCCCAUGCCCAUUGGACGCUCUGUGGGCUCCUUACGAUCUCUUACAAACUCCUUUCAUUCUUGAUUCCUGAAGGAUGCUGAGAAACUGAGAAUUGAGAUGGGAGGGGUCGAGGGAAGGAAAGAAGCUGGACUGCUGGAAAUGAGAAGAUGAUGAUCUCGUUGUUUCUCCUCCCUGUCUAUCCAUUCGGAGUUCGGAGUGUUGUUGUCUGGUCAGAACUCAGAAGRCGAUCCAUGUGGGGUUUGGUUGGUUUGUAUAUUAUAAGUAGAUUAGCAGCUGUUUAUAACCACACACCAUUUACAGAGUCAAGAGGCGAGAAAUAUAGACAAGUGAACUACUAAUACUACUGGCGCUGCUCUGGUUCUGCAAAUUUUCCUGUUCAAAAGAUCUAUGGUGAGUACUGUAGAGUUUGUAGAGCAAAGGAAACCUUUUUCUUUCUUUUUCUUUUUCCUGAAUCCUGAGCCUGAGGUUCAUGAAUAAUCAUGGUUAAUUUGAUUGAUCAUGAAACUAUUUUGUAAUAAAAAAACAUUACUAAGAAAUAUAUGAAUAAUAUCUCCAAUGGCCAAAUGGGCAAUGGCUUUACAGGUAA